CUCUCUCCCAGGCCCACACAGUCCUGCCUCCUCCCCCCUCUGAACAGGCUGGAUGACCAUCGCUGGAUCCUCCGGAGCCCCAGCAGAGUCACACCGAGGAUCAGAGCGUGCAGGCGGUCACCCGAGCAGCAGCCAUCGCAGGGAUCAGGGAUCAAGGUUUCGGAUUAGCCGCUUCACAGCGAUGAACAUCCGUCACGUUUAAGUCGAAGUACACGGAGCCCAAAGACACCUACACCGCGAGGAUGAACGGGACUGCGGGAUCGAGCUCGGGAUCGGCUUCUUGUCGUUUCGCCCACUAUUUUGUUGUGUGUGGGGUGGACACGGAGACGGGCCUGGAGCCAGACGAUGGAGCAGGUACAUGGUCUCAAAAUAUGACUGAAAAAAUCACCAUUAAAAAAAAAACAGACACCAUUAGGAUGAUUAAUGUCAUGCUUCAUAUAGAAACACUGACUGUUAAAUGAAAGGUUGUCUGUGUGAGUCAGGGUGACAUCCAUUUAAAGAUGUUUUGAUUGGACGUCAUAUCUCUUUUUCUCGCCUUUGUUUACAACAUGAAAUCAGAUUUUUGUGUAUAAAUCCCAGGUUUUAGCCUAAAGGAUGACAUCUAAAAUGAGCUUUAACAGAACUUUGUGCAUAUUUUCUGUCAUAGUUUGCUUUUUAUUGAAAAUGCAUCUCUUGGGAAAGGUAGCCUGACAGUAAAACAACCAGUAAUUUUCAAGAUACAAACAAAUAAUCUUUUCUGUCAUUUGAUUGAAUGUAAUUUAAUGUAAUAAUGAUCCAAUAUGACCCCAUCUUCUCGUCCCUUUGUGUCAGCCUUCCUUAGAGAAAACACACUGCACUUCCUCUCAUUGUGUUUAUGAGUUUGACAGCACUGAGAGUGUACCUUUGUUGUUGUUGUUUUUCUGCAAGUCAUCCACUAAAGCACAAGUAUGAGGAAAUAAAGCAGGGAAAAGGGUUUAACAGAGACAGGACAACAGUAUCCCGUCCUGCCCCAAAAAACUAGAGCACAGAUGGAGCAUGGAAGCAGGCGGCGGUGGUUCAUGGAUAACACAGGAGGACCCAGAUUACACUCUUCUGUGAAUUUGACAGCAGUGAUAAUCUGUGAGAUUGAUGUUGCAGCUCUCUUAUUAUUUUUACAGAUUGAUCUUUUGUUUUAAUAGAGUUUGUCUUUUUCCACCGAGCUGGAGAAAAUGGGUGCCGGGAUGUUGGUGGUUGCCACGGCAAUAACAGCUGCAGUGAUGGAGCUCAUGAUGGUUUAUUUGUAGGGAUUAGGGAAAAAAAAAAAGGUGUCAGGUGGUGCAAGCUUCCUCCGCACUGUGGUGUUGACAUGCUGCUGGGUGAGGUGAGGACAGAUUUCACCCGGGGGCUCUCUGUGGCGUGUGCACGUGGGUUUUGCUUCAAAUUUGCCUCAGUCUGUGCGAGAAAAUAACGAUGCAGAUGUGCCGAAUACGAACAGCUUCAACAACCUCUCCAUGUUAGAGUUGUAAAGUCCCACCCUGUAUUCUUCCUGUGUUCUUUGUAGGAAUCUAGCACAUGUAGAGCAGAUCCUUGAGGGAUGAAACCAAACACUACCUCAUUUUUUCCCUCUGUUAGCUUAUCAUCUUUCAGUUAAUAGCAAACUGGACCGGAUUAUGAUGGAAAGUGUAGCCUGGCUGCAGAUUAUUUGGGGCUCUCUCUUUCUAAAGGCCACUCUGAUAGCUGACUCCCUGCAGAGAUGACAGCGCUGCCACUGACUAGUAUAUCUGAGCUCCAGCAGUCUGCUUAUGUAACAGCAGGUUGUCUUUGCAGCAGGGGGCUCUGCUCCUUUCAAGGGAUUUCAUUCUCUACAUACAUAUUUCUCAAGCUGCAGUAUAGCCAGAUAGGCUGUGUUUAUUCUUCUUUACACACGUAUAGCUCUGUAGAAGCUGGUGCAGGAUCUCAGAGAAUGUGUAUAAUUAGUGAUUGCCUACAGAGAAACAAUCUGCUCUUGUUGGCUUCUCAAUAGAUGCCACUGUGUGUUUUCUGCAGCCUAAUCAAAUUUCACAUGACGUUGCCUGUUGGCACGCUGACUGGCUGGGGCUUCAGCGCCCGUUCAGGCCCGGUGGUUGUCACAGGGGGAUGACAUCAGUGAAGGGCAAGAACUCCCUGACCGAACAUUUGAGUGCUGCCUUUCAAUGCUGAUCAGACUGCGCCGAGAAGUUUCUCACAUGCUGCUAUAACAAAAGAAAUUCCAGACUGUCUUAUUUUAUUUUUAGGCUCGUCACACUUACUUUUGUGCUUUAUUUUAAGCUCAGUUCUUUGUCUGUACUUCAGGCUCAGACAAAAAAGGAAAAUGUGUCACUUUUCUUGAUUUAUCUAAAAUAGAUGGACAACAACUGCUUUACAGUGUCUGACCCUAGAAAGGAAAAACUCCUCAGCCAGCACCAGCAGCUGGCACUUGCUGAAAUUUGAUUCUCUCCCCACUCCUUGUGUCUACCCUCAAAUACUCAUGCACUGAUGUGACAUAUGUGAAAUGGGGCAUUCCAGGGGGGUGAAUUUGACAGAUGCCUCGACUGAGCCCUCAAUCAUUCCUGAUAAAGUAUCCCUACAAGUGGGAGACCAUUUAGGGCUGUAAAUCUGUGAGAUGAAUGUCUUAACCAGGGAAGGAAUAAGCUGUUCAUGACCUCCAAAACACUGACAAUACAGAUGUUUAAGUGAUGCGGAUAAGAACCAGUCUGUAAUGAGGAUUAAAAAGCCAUUUGUGCCAAUCAAGUGAUAGUUUUAUUCCAUUUUAAGGGGAAAAAGCUAAAUACGUAAACCAGUUUCUGCUAUGAGCUGUAGGUCCAAGUUUCAAUGUGUUACUGUCUUUUUUCUGACAGGAUUCAGACCAAAUGGUUAUGAUUAUUCAAACUUAUUUUAUUUUGACACAUUAGGUCGUAGCUCCUUACUCAAACAGAUGAUUAGCUUCCACUGUGUGUGUGUGUGUUAAUGUGGUGUAAUGAGGAACCAUGCUAUCACAGCCUGUCUGGAACAGGCAUUUAAGCUCUCAUCCUCACACCGAAACAAACCUCCCUCUUCAUCUGUUCUGAUAACAAAGACGCCGUGCACACUCUGUGGUGGGAACUCGUGUCAGGAGGAGCCUGCCUUCUAAUUGGGUCAGCGAAUGAAACACAAAGUGACGUAGCUUUGAUGAGCUUUGCCGCGAUGGCUAUCUUCAAGGCCACAGCGGAAGUUGCUGCCAUGGCAACUAGGUGUCUUUAAGCGAGGCUGUUUUUUCGCCUCUCGGCGCCGACACCAAUUUGUAUCCGCAGCAAGGAACAUUGACUCCCCCCCUCUUCCCUCCAUUAGCUUGUGUCUCCCACUUACCAGCAUGACUCAGUUUAAGUUGAUGUGGUGCUCUUGUGUUGCUCUGCCUGCAGCGCAGCAUCGUCUCUGUGCGUCAUCUCUGGAGGCAGGUGAGGUGGAAGGUGAUAAACGCUGAAUGAGACCUUCAAAAUGGAUCUGUCUCUGUUUCUAGAACUCCAUGUUCCCUGUCAUAGUAUGACAUAUUGCUGAGACCUUUUAAAGGGUUUUAUGUUUUAAGUAGUGCUGGGUGAAUAUGUUAAAACCGCCUAUAUACAGCUUUUAGCCUUGUGACGUUAUGUUUGAAAUGCCAAAAAAUGCUUUAAAAAAGUUCCUUGAAAAAAUCAUAGCUGGUAGCUGGUGGCAUUUUUACCCCUUCAACUGCAGCCAUUCAUUUAAGCUGAUAAGAAAGACUGUAAACACAGAAUCUCAGAGUUUAUAGAUUGUUCGUUUUGAGCAGUUUUGUUCUCGUCAUGACGACGGCUCACUCUGUGAAUGUAGUAAGACUCUUCUCAAGGACAUCCCUCACAAUGUGGAUGAAUAAUGAAAGUCUCUUAUUCACUGCAGACAGAUUAAACACAUACAAUGAAUCAUACUCACAGGCAGAUUCCCUUUGUGUGUAUUUCAGCAGCAUCCCCUCCCUUCACUCUCACAGGCAGCACUCUGUAUGUAACAGGAGAUGGAAGCUGACACAAACUGCAAGGACUCAUAGAGGAGAAACCUGAACCUGACACAGCCAUGCAUCAAAUCCCUGCAUUGUGAAGAUAAAGUGAAUACUGUGGUGCAUCCGCUGCAAAUUCAGUGCUUUCAUACACAGCUAACGGUUGUGUGGAAAUCUCUCAUCAUUUAUUCUCCUGAUGGAUGGAGUAGUAGCGUGUUUUCAUCCUCUGCACCCCCCACACGUGUGAAGAGUUUUCUGCUGCAGUGUGUGAGGGAUGAGGGUGCUGUGCUGCGUUUCCAGUCUAUCUGUAUGGUAAUGAGUUGAGUUACAUAACCCUUGGAUGGGUUUUUCCUUCUUUCUCUGCAGAAUGGGCCUGGCUGCCAACAACAGAUGAACAAGGUCGUCCUGUCUGGGCUUUGCUGUAAAUCAGAGCUGUUGUCAUCAUGUAGCGUCUUGUGAUCAGUUUUUUUUUUUGCUUUGUGACAAACUCUGACUCAGCAGCGAUUACGGUUAAAGAUCAACAUUUACUAAUCCAAUAAAACUGACUCUCAUUUCAGGUGAAGGCUUUGAGCAGAGCCCCAUCCGACGGUCUUUCAAGUCAAAGGUUCUGGUGCACUACCCCGAAAACACAGACAGAAACCCCUUCAAUAAAGAUGCUGUCAACAUGGUGAGACCGCUAAUAACACAACCAACAUAACAGCUCUUGCAUGGUGUUUUUACUCUCUGUCAUAGAAAAGGAAACAAUAGUGAAGGACAAGAUGUACUUUGUUUGGCUGCUGUUACAAAUCACAAAGGAGGAGAACGAUAAGAAGAUCAUCUUGAGAAAAACACAAGUUAGAGUUAUUUGUUGUUGCUUGAAACAGAAAACAGUCUUUCUAGAAAUGCAGGAAAAGUUUAUGAUGUUGAAGCAGAAGUCAGAUAAAAUUGUCUGUAGUCUUUAGACUGGAAAUCUGCUGUUUCAUGCCUAUAAGCAGAUAUUUGUUCAAUUUCUCCCUCCUCGUUUCUCUUCCUUCCUCACUCUUCCUCCUCAGCUCUGCAUGCCGAGGGGUCUCUCCUUCCGCACGCAGGCUGACAGACUUGACCCCCAGUUUCACUCCUUCACCAUGUCCUUCGACGAUGGCACUCGUUCCUACGGCUUCGUCCACACCUUCUACGAGGAGGUGACCAGUGCUCAGAUCAUCACGGCCAUGCAGACUCUCUACCAAAUGCACCACGUGGAGCACCACUCUGCUUCAUCCACCUCUCCCUCCUCCUCCUCCUCUUCAUCCGCCUCCUCUCCUUCCACCUCCAGCAUGGACUCACUCGUGAGCAGCUUGGAUGAGUCAGACGCUGAAUCUCUGGCUGGGGUCUCUUCCUGCCUCGGCUGUGGGGGUUCUUUCGACCCGGCGCGGGACACACUGUAUGUGUCUAAAGCCCUCUGCCUCCUCACCCCGCUCCCUUUCCUCCAAGCAGCCCGGCAGUUUCUGUCCCAACUGCAUCAGGCUGUGACCUCACACACAGCCCCGCCCCUCCCUCUGGAGAGCUACAUCCAUAAUAUCUUAUAUGAGGUGCCCCUGCCUCCCCCUGGUAGAUCGUUGAGGUUUCAUGGGGUGCAGGGACCCAUUGUGUGCCAGCGACCUGGGCCUGGUGAGCUUCCACUAGGGGAGUUUCCUCUGGGAGAGGCUUUCUCUCUGCUGGGUGUGGACAAUAUGGUGCAACUUCUCACAUGUGCUCUUCUGGAGACACAAGUCCUGCUUUAUUCUCAAGGUGAGGAAAGUCGAAGAAUUAUAAAAUGUUAUUUGUAGAAACAUUUACAUGGAUAUAAUUACAGCCAGGAAACUGAAAGUGUAUCUUAAAGAUUAUUAAACCUUCCCAGGCAUUACAAACUGAAUAAAGCCUUAAGAGAGGAUGUCACAGCUCACAUUAUACAUAACGUACAUAAUGUGCCUCUGAAUGUAAUUUCCUUCCUCUGUAAUUAUAGGUGAUUUGUUGAUGCUGGAGUUUCUCUCUCUCUCUCUCUCUCUCUUCAGAUUACCAGCAUUUGAUGACGGUGGCAGAAGGCGUUACCACACUGUUGUUCCCAUUCCAGUGGCAACACAUCUACCUGCCCAUUGUGUCUGCACCACUGCAUCACCUCCUGGAUGCGCCUUUGCCAUUCCUGAUGGGUAUCCAGCGCAGAGUUGGAGCUCAGCGAUCCUCCCUCCACCUCCCACACGAGGUAGAGAUGUAAAAAUGAAUAUUUCACGUGUAUUUAUAUCUGUUGUUGAACCUCAUAUCAGGAUACGGAUGUUCACAAUAAAGGAUAUAAAAAUGGUUUAAGUAAACUGAACUCUGCGAAGAGCUCUCACAGCUAUUUGCUGAUCCUCUCUGUGCUGUAUGUGUGACGGUUUGCCUGCUGCCUCCAUAGACAGACAGACAGACAGACAGACAGACAGACAGACAGACAGACAGACAGACAGACACUUUAUUUAUCUCACAGGGAAAUUCAAAAAACCAGAGGCAGCAUCAAAAAAACACAGUACACAUUCUACCAAUACUGUGAUAAUACUUACACUAAAUAGAGAAUAAAUAAAAAACAGUCUAUAACCAUGACCUGAAGGCAGUACUACAGAGCCUAUUGCUGGGAUAUUUCCUCAUAGACCUCCCCUUCCCCCCUCUUGUAUAAAUCCAGUCCUUAAACCGAGAUCACUUUAUGUUGCAUGAACAUCGCUCUGAAACCUCUUUGAAGUCGCUCUGCCCCAGAAAGGAGGCCGUUGAAAGAGAGCUUGGGGGGAUGAAAGAGUAUGAAGGACACAGAAAAAUGGGACUUGCUGAAUAAUUCAUGCAAAUUAAGGAUUCACGCUUGGAAUUAUUUUAUUUUGUGGGUAAUUUGUGAGGAAUGCUUUAAAGACAUUUGAAAUUUAAUAGGACUGUUUUUUUUUAAUCUAAUUGAGGCAGACAGAUUUAAGUAUACUAAAAUGCAUCAGUUUCAGUCAUGCAGUGUAAACCUUUAAAAUAUCUCAUCUUCUUUGGUUUAAAAAAUGCUUUAAUGGUGAAGAAGUAGAGAUAUUAACCAGGAAGAUAAAGCUGCACAGAGUAAGAGGAAGAUGUGUGCAACUGUCCGCUCUUCAGCUCGUCACCCGGCUUUCCCUGAGGCUGCAAGCUGACAGCCUGAGGUCACUGUCGAAGGUCUCGCUGCUGCUGACUGAGCUGUGCUGCACCGCUGCUUACAGAAGCAUUAUUCUAAGAUCUUUCGUACAGUUCUGUAACUGGUUGCUCAGCGGCUUCAUUUGCACAGGUUUCUAAUUCUGUGUGAAAGCCUGAUACGCAGCUUUCCACAGUGUCCCCUGUUGCAGCGAUAACAGUAAUCUCUGUAUAAUCCCUGACAUGCUGAUAUCCUCGAAGGGCUUAUUAUGACCAAAUACCAAGAAUCUAUUAAUGAAAUGUGGGUCCUCAUCACUGAUCGUAAUUGGAUGUUGAAGCUCAGAAUCAGUCGGUGCAAUGAGAUGGGUUAAACCUGUUAAUGUUAUCUGGUAGAGGAUUCAGCUGAAAAGUGUUUCUCUUUCGCACACAGGCCAACCUUUGCUUUGUAGACAUCGACAACCACUGCGUUGAGGCCCCCGAAGACCUCCCUGUGUUCCCGGAUCAGACGGAGCUCAUCCAGGAGCUGAGUGAGGUGCUGCUGCGUUUCGGACUCCCUCCACAGGGCGGAGCGGUGACUAAGCCCGCUAUCACGACCGCCUCCCCCCGGCUGAGCAGCCUGGUGCUGGAGGAUCUGAUGGAGGACAGGAGGAAUGGGAACUUGGGAGGCGAGGAGCUAGCAGUGCUGGAGAGGCUGCAGGCUCUGGCACAGCGGUGUGGAGGAGACAAGAUGUCAGGGGGAGAGAAGACGCUGGGACACGUGUUUGAGGAGGAGGAGGAAGAGCUGAAGAAUGCAAAGCUGAACAUUCAGCUGAGGGAGGUGUUCUCUGGACGUUUUGCUGCCAUGUUUGGCAGGUAUGAAGAGUUUGUCAUCCACAGUGCUGUUGAUUUGGACUCCUGGUUGAGCAACAGAGAGGGAACCUUGAACUUUGACAAGGUAAUGCUGUAAAGAUUGAUCUAGUGAUAGUUUCUUUAUCCUUUUUGAUUUUAAAUGCUUAGUUAGGAGAUCAAAUCACUGCCACUGUGUUGAUCUAGUUUGUGGUUUUCACUCUGUCAGGGUUCAUUCCUCUCAGUCCAGCCUGCGGCCCACCUGCAUUUCCUGUCCCGUUUCCUGGAGACAUCCAUGUUUUCCUCGUUUGUGGAUGGGAAGGUGAUAUCCCGCUGGGCAGACAGAGAGCCACUGCAGCAGCUUUUCGACAACCGUCUGGAGAGAGAACGACUGUAUGACACGGAUGAAGAAGACCCCCGUAACUGCCGCUACAGGAAGUGCACCUCGCUCUUUGAGUCAGGUAUGGUGGCUCUUUAUGUGGCUAAGAACAGAAGAGAACGCAGGGUAAACAAUGAGUUUUAAUACAACUUUGCUUCACUUCUGUAGAUUUGAGCAAAAAAAGACUUAAAGCUUCAGAUAAGAGUUUCUGAAAGCAAAAAGAAAUUUAGCUGUUCAUUUUUAUGAAAACCUUCUACAAACUGAGAGUAACUUCAUGAAGCUUUAACAGUUUCUCUUCGGGAUUUAUCCAGAAAAUGGAUUCACCCCACUAUUGGCAGACUGAACAGCAUAAUAUGAUUGAAGUGGUUGCCAGAUUUACAUAAGGGAAUCUGCAAAUCUGCCACCAUCUGUUCUUCUGUUUGGGUUUUUUUUUUCAGCAUGUUGCUCAUGCUGCUCUGCUUUCCUGCAAAUACUGUUUUUCUCUCUUUAUUGUGGAAAACACUGAAGAUUUUGCUAAGCUUUGCUCAAGGGGGAUUUGUCCACCAGGAUAUUUAAGUAUUUAAAAAGCAACUCAUGGAUACAUUUGAGUGGAAAUUAAAACCAAAUUCUCUGGUUAAUCUGAAAAAGAGGAGGUAAAGGAGGCUUGAGUAGAGGGGUUUAAGAAGGAUGGAGUAAAUAUUAUAGUAAAGACUUAUAUGCAAUAUAUGCUCACAGGCUUUUGAGACUGAUAAAGAUGGUCUCAAAUCUCUGAAGUCCUGCAAGACAAACAAAUAGGCCCAAGUGCAUAUUUGUCCAUCCGCACACUUCUGUAACUACGGUAGAUCUUAACCACCUUUGCCUCUACAGCUCAGGCCAUUGAACGAAGGAUGAUGAAGGCCGACCACACAGCUAUACACCCUCACCUGCUGGACAUGAGGAUCGGCCAAGGUCGUCACCAGCCGGGCUACUUCCCCAAGCUGCAGGCUGAUGUUCUUGCACAGGGACAAAACUCCAACAAGUGAGACUUUCCUUCAUGCUGGUAACCAGUGAGAUUGAAUCGGGAAUAGUUCGGGAAUACUAAGAGAAGUUAGCAAGGAAUAGUCCCCAUCCUCACUUUCUUCCUGUCUUCAGUCGAAACAAUUACCUCAAAGUGAUUAGUAUGUUGCUAAAUUUUUUUUUUACAUGAAUUUUUUUUAUAGAAGCAAAGCGAAACUUAAAAACAUAGCUGGCUUAUGUUAUACUGAAUGAUUGAAGGUCUUUCUAUGUGGAGUUUGCAUGUCAUUCUUGUGAAUGUCUGGGUUCGCUCCAGGGUACUCUAACUCCUCCCCCAGCCUAAAAACAUGCUCAUUAGGUUAAUUGGUCUCUCUAGAUUGAGGGUGUCUGUCUAUAUGCUGGCUGGCUCUGUGAUAGCCUGGCAGUCUGCACAGCCUGUUCUCUACCUCUGCUCAAUGACAGCUAGGAUAUGCUUCAGCUCCCCCAAUGAUCCUGCAUGUGAUAAGGGUUUGGAUAGAUGGAUGGAAUAACUUUUUUACUUCUGAUACGAUACUGAUAUUGCAGCCCUCGUUAUUGGCCGAUACGUUUUGGCCAAGCUGCAACGUCUUUUUCAGACUUAAAUGAAAAAUACUGCCACAUGGCCGAUAUCACUCCUACUUCUUGUGUCUUUGUUUGUACCUUAAUACACACUUGUUGUGAUUUUGUGGGCUCUGCAUGCUAGAUAGAGGUGCUAAAGCAGAGUCUGGAAUGGACUGCUUGUAUCAGAGUGCUUAUAUUGAAGAUUUUAGAUGCAGGCCGAUAUAAUCCAAUAUUUGUUUUUUUUUGCUGAUAUCGGACCGAUAUCCGAUAUCAAUAUCAGAUUGGGACAUCCCUAGUAUAACUAGUUAAGAUGAUGGAUAAAAAGUUUUAUAGUUUUAAGUAAUGAAUAAAUGGCCACAUGAAAAGGAAACACUUUUGUUAUCAGCUGAAAUGAGAUUUUGAACAAAGAAAGGUUGAUAAAAGGCUUUGGGCAGGAUAAGAUACUGCAGAUGUAAAUCUCUAUUGCUUUACAAAAUACACAAACACACUUAAGAAACAAGAACACACAUAUUAAUUCUUCUGUGUUAUUUGUGUAAACAGGUGGUCAAGUCGAGUCACAGCUUCACGCAAAAGUGACCCCAAGAGAUCAUCGAUGACUGAACACUCAGGAGUAGACAAUGAACAGAGACAGGUACUCUCUCUCUCUCUCUCUCUCUCUCUCUCUCUCUCUCUCUCUCUCUCUCUCUCUCUCUCUCUCUCACACACACACAAACACUCACACACAUAUACACACAAACACAAAGGACUGAAUUAAGAAGUCUUGAGUAUAAUUUAUUCCCUCUAACUUGUUUUACAGAAGCACACAUUUGCAAGAAAAAACCUCUGCCAGUCUAAGCUACUUGACACAUCGCCACAAGCCGUCACUCAGACUCACCGAGAAUUUGUUGAUGGGCUGCUGAGCGAGUGUCGCCUAAAGGUAAAGAGCCUCGUCUGUGCCGUGAUGGAGUGAAGCGGUGUAUUUUCGCUGAUUUAUUUCAUUAUUUCCCUGUUCUCUGUUUUUUUAGACCAAACGGAUGCUGAUGGAGAGAAUGGGGAAGGAGAGCAUGGAACUGGGUCAGGGCGAGGCCAACAUCACAGGCCUGCAGGAGAACACACUCAUCCACGGUCUGUGUGACCUCCUGGAGAGAACCUGGGGCCAUGGGCUGCAGCUGAAACAGGUCAGAAACACACACUAACACACAUAAUGCACCAUGCCCUAUCAGCUUGGAUGACCCAAAAAAACAUCUGAUUCUGCUGUUACUCAUGCAAAAAAAUCACAUCAUGCACCAUGAAGACAGCGGCAUGACUCACAAAUCAGGCUUAAUAUUGACAAGAGUUUAUUUUUACAGGGGAAGUCGGCUCUUUGGUCCCAUUUGCUUCAUUACCAGGCAGCCCAGGGGAAAACAGAGACACCAGCUGAGUCUCCAGGUCAGAGCACACCCAGGAUGUUUUGUUUUUUUUAUGAGUGGAUCUCUUACAUAAGGAAAUAAUUAUCUGUUUUAAUUAUCUGUUUCUGUUCAGGGUGUAACGGUUCAGACCAGAGACUGUUUGAUGAAGGCACUGUGCUCCUUAGAGGAACGCUGAUACAGGACAUGAGGUGAUGAAUUUGAUUUAUACAAACCCAAAUGAUCUUAAACACCAACUUACAGCCUGUACAUUUUUAAUAGAUCGUAUAUUUCACUGCUUGUUUCAUUCAUCCUUUUUUUCUCCCUCAGGUUCAUCCAAACCAUGAGUGAGGGUCUGUCUGAGGUGGGUCAGGCUCGGGCUUGGAUCCACCUGGCAUUAGAGAAGAAAAUGUUAUCACAACACCUUAAAGAGCUGCUGACAAACCAAGAGUUGCUCAGGUCAGACUUCACUCGUAUCAUUUUGGGUAUUUCUACUCUUCACUCAUAUCGGUCUUGUGAUUUUGACUAACAUCGCAUCUCAUCUCUCCCGGUUUUCUCGACAGGCAGUUGUAUAAACCUCACUCGUUCCUGCUCUGUGAGGAAGAAAGGGAGCAGUUCCUGUUCCACCUGCUCUCUCUCAACACUGUGGACUACCUCUGCUUCACGCGCGUCUUCACGUCCAUCAGUGAGUCCUGUAAACUUUAACGAGAAAACUGUGGAGUUUACAGGCGUGUUUGUAACUUUCAAGGAAAAUAAACGUUUGCUCAGGGUUGUGUUUACAUGAAUUGCACCCUGUCUCCCAUGGUUUCACAAGAAACCUCAAAUAAAAGGCACAAUGACCUCCGUACAGCUCCUGAGUUUUGUGAGAGAUGUUAGGAGACAUUGUAAAGGGUGAAGAAAAUGACGUGAAUGACUACAACUCUGCUCUUUGUCUCUCGUACCUAUCUAGAUAUCCCUUACCGUGUUGUCAUAAUACCCAUGAAGAAGCUGAGCAUUGCAAUGGCAACAGUCAACCCUUGGGUGUGUGUGUCUGGAGAAAUGGGGGAUUCAGGCGUCAGACAGAUCCCGAAGAAUACACAAGAGAUUUUUUUCCAGGUUUGUAAGAGAUCCCCAGUGGUAAAGUCAUCAUCACACAUGCCGCAGACAAACGCACAGCUAUUCUUAACCAGGUUUCUGCUUUUAUUGCAGUGUAAGAACCUGGGGAGGCUGAGCACUCUGCAGCUGGGACAGGAAAACUCAGGCCUGCUGGCCAAGUGUCUGAUAGACUGUGUGAUGGUGUACAAUGAAAUCACCGGACACACCUACAAGUAAGAUCCCUACUAAAUAUUCUCAGCCUCUUCUUCACACGGCUGCAACUUUACACAGUACAAUAGCUAACAGUGCAAGAAGACCAUGAUAGGGUAGAAUAGGAAAAGAAAGAAAGAAAGAUAGAUAGAUAGAUAGAUAGAUAGAUAGAUAGAUAGAUAGAUAGAUAGAUAGAUAGAUAGAUAGAUAGAUAGAUAGAUAGAUAGAUAGAUAGAUAGAUAGAUAGAUAGAUAGAUAGAUAGAUAGAUAGAUAGAUAGAUAGAUAGAUAGAUAGAUAGAUAGAUAGAUAGAUAGACUUAAUUGAUCCCAACCAGCAAAAAAUGGCAAAAAACGAUGCAAAACAACAAAAUAUAAUACAAGAUGAUUUUUUAGAAUGGGUUAUAAAUAGAGCUCAAUAAACAUGUUAAUUAACAGGGAAUGCUUUCACCGUACUCCUUUACGAAACCAUUAAUUUUUUCAAUCAUGCGCCUACCAUCCUCCUUUAAAAACAUCAUUGUUAUCACAUCAUCCUUCUGCUGCUGUGAUGGAAAUUAACAAUACCUCUGUGCUUUUGGAACGCACAUUUCAAUUAAAACAUCAUCAGAAGUAACAUGGACUUGCAUCACUGAUGUACUUCAAGUUUUAGGUGCCAUUUAUGAGCUUAGGGUAGAGGUGCAGGCCACUGUUUUGGAGUGUGUAAAAUGUCAUAGACCUGUGGCUCAGAUCCAAGGGACUGGUGACCAAUCCUACUUUACCAUUGUGUGACCAGCACAGAACAUAGAGCAAUGUAAAGGUUCACCUGAAGCUUUUUAGAUUGUUUUAAUCCUAAAUGAUCCCAUAUUUGUAGGUUGGGUAUACUCACAAUCUGUCACCUCUCCAUCAGGUUCCCAUGUGGUCGUUGGCUGGGAAAAGGCGUGGGUGAUGGCAGCCUUGAGAGAGUCCUUAUUGGUCAGCUGGUGUCACCUGGUGCUGAGGAGGAUUCUGGACGGUGGACAGGGACGCCUCCAGAGCUGGCCUCUCCUUCACAGUGUGCACGGACAGUGUUGGGAUCACUUGGCAGCCGAAGCAGUAGGUCCUCACAAAGAACACAUUCUUUAGUACAAUGGAUGACCUACUUGUCAGGGUUCUCACUACAAUAACAGAUUCAGCUCCCGUAUCACCUUUUCUGCUCUGCCACAGUCCACCUCUCUUGUCUGGUGUCCUCUCAUUGUGACUGUUUUUUUUCCAACCUUGUAGGAAUGCACUCUGUUGAAGUACAAGAAGACAUGAGGGAGGCAGCGAAUAACCUUGUUAAACAAUUCCACAAACCCGAACAAGAGGUAUGUCAUUGUCAAACCAAGUGGGUCCCUCUGCUUGCAUUCAUUUAAUGUCACCUAGCUGAAUCAGUUCAUGCAAAGAUGAGAAUCUCUGCAGCGACGUGUUGGGCUGUCAACCUCCUGUCUGUGUUAUUUAUAUCACCAACAUGGCUCAUUACCCUCGCUUUGUCUCACUUGUGUAUCAGACCAGCGCUCUCAUCCCACCAACAACUUAAAGCGCCGUAGAGACAUGAUGGAUCACUUUGGUUGAUCUAUAAAGGAUCUUCAGUGCAAUCUUAAUGUACAUUUUGCUCCUCUUACUGAGUUAAGAAGAGCCCUUUAGUUUGUAAAAUAAAUAAUUCACCCUCUACUCCAGAGGACUUGGAUCACUCAUGUAAGAGAUUUUCAUGAAGUUUCAAGAAGAGCCUCUAGCUGUGUUAACUCUAUCCCCAUUUUUUUCACUCAGAGAGGAAACCUCACAGUCCUGUUGUGUGGUGAAGGAGGUCUGGUGCUCGCUUUGGAGAAGUUCCUCCUCCAUGGCUUCAAAUCCAACCGUCUUUUCCAGAGGAACGUGUUUGUUUGGGACUUUGUGGGUAAGCACUGUUAGUUGGAGUGCAUUGAAAGUGAUUGUUUUACUUCAUUCACAUGUCUUUUUGCUCCAUCUAGUGGCAGUGAAGUUAUAUUUCAUAUAUUUACAAUGGCGUAAAAAGCAUGAUAGUGUAUUACAUGAUCUAUUCCAAGUCCUAUAUCCCAGUUUUCUGUUCUUGUCCAUGUAAGUAAUGAAGUUUAGUACAAAAUUGAAUGAUUGUGUGAUCUGCUCUCACUGUAGAAAAGGCAGUGGUUUCCAUAGAGACAGCUGAUCAGAUGGGUGACCUGCAUGGAUCAACACUGACAAAGGGUCCACCUGUUGAUUUACUGUGCCAUUACGUCAAUGCAAUCAACGCCUCGCCACGAAACAUUGGUAAAGAGGGCAAGUUUCAGCUGUUUGUCUGCUUCGGUCUCAGGUGAGUAAUCAGAAUCUAUUAUUGUCCAGAUGUGCUGUUGUUCUCUCAGUGCAAUGAUUCAUUUUUAAAACAAAAAUAGGUUUUUGAAAGUUUUAAAAUACUUAACCUGUUAGAAUUUAUGGUCUCAAAGUAUCCUGGCCUCACAGACAUCAUGCAGCCUCCUUUUUUUGUGGGUUUGACAAAGUCUCCAACAGUAUCUAAGACAAGACAGAUUCUCUUUUUUUAGGUUGCAAAACAUUUUGCAUAAGACUAAUACAAUCAACCAACUAAUGCACUAUUUUUUUGUUUAACGGCACACAAACAUUAUGAUUCAGCCAAACUUAUAGCUGCACAGGCAAUGCUCAUGGCACUAAAUAACUCACUUCCAGGUUGUAUUCAGAGGCUGUCUGAACUCAGAGAGAGCUGGUACUUAAAAUAUAUACAGUAUAAUAAUAUCUUUGUCAAAUCUAAAGCAGAGCUGUGUUUCAGUUAAAGGGGUCAGCUUCAGCUGUGAUGAAAUGUAAAUAAAAAUGUUUAUUGCCGUUGGUGUGUUUUUUUUUUUAAUUAUUGGGGGAGAAAUUGUUGAUGCUGACAGAAAAAACUUCAAGUUUUGAAAGUCAAAAUAAUCAUAAAAUAAGAAUAUUACUGCUGUCACUUUAAAGCUCUACUUGGCUAAGACUGUUAGUUAAUUUAUUUAUAUAGAUAAAAUCUAUAUAAAAUCAUAUAAAAAAUACAACAAGGAUAAAAUGCAACAGAAUAGAGAGAAACACAAUACAUAUAAUGGCAGUAGUCAAUGCGAGAUGAGACAAUACAUAUAAUGACAGACACAAGCACUUCACAGAGGCCCCACAAUGUCAACAUCAGUUAGAAGCCUGUCUAAAAAGAUAGGUUUUAAGUUCUUUCUCAAAACUUUAAGUAGACUCUAUGCGACGUAAGGUUGAUGGUAGUGCAUUCCGGGGGGGGGGGGGGGGGGGGGGGCACUGGCCUGGAAAGAGCGGUCACCUCAUGUUUUAAAACGGGUGCGUCUGUAAAAACGACUGUAAUAUCUUAUCUUUUUAAAGUAAUCAAUAGGCAAAGUGUUACUUCAUUUAUAUUGGAAAGAGAUUACGGAGGAAAUAACUGAGAACAGCUGACAGAGAUGUUGCUGCUUUAUCCCAAUUUCCUGCUCUCUUGCAUCUGCAUCAACAUUCAGACAAAAAGGGUUUAAUGAAGGUUGAGGGAUUAUAAUGACUCAGAAUUCAGGGUACUCUUAUUUCUUUAUGGAAAAAAAAAACAAAAUUAAACACAGUAACACUAUUCCUACAAUCAUCCUUAGUAGACGGAGGUAGAGUCUCUUUGAUCUAUCACUGUCAGAUGAGGUUGGGAGUUUUUAUUAACUGAGGUGCCGUGAUGUGUCAUUAUUGAAACUUUGUCUCACUGUUUUUAGCUCAUUAAAGGAAAUGGUUUUCUGAGUUUCAGAGCUGUUACAAGAGUAGGAAUUUUGCUUUUUUGUCCCUUUGAAUAUAACAACACAUUCAGUUCAAUGCUUGACUUCAUCAAGCAGGUAUUACACAUUUAAACCACCAAUCAUUUCUCCUAACAGGGACCGGCUUCUCUUUCAGUGGCUCCCUCUGCUGGCGGCAUUCCCUCUGGCAGUGCGGACAUAUGAAGAAGGGGCUCUGAUGAGGGACCGUGCUGCUGUCCACUCACUUUCCCGCAUCUUGGCCACGCUCAAUGAGUUCACCAUCACCCUGGAGGCUGCACUGGUAAAAGGGGUCGAACUCUGACCCUGAACAAUACCCACAGAGUCCAGCCCCUGUUGUAUCUAACGGGUUCAAAUUAUCAUCAUUCAUCGGCGGGAAAAGGAAGUACACUGACUCUUGAAACAUGGGACUUUAUCUAAGAGAAAGGACAGUGGACUAGAUGAAACCGCUUGCAGCUGGGGCUCCAGACAUUCUGCCUUGUUUGUUGAUGUAAAUGUCUAAUAUACUGUAUUUGCUUCAGGAAAUCAUCCGAUUUUUCCUAUGCUCGUUUACACUGUGAAACUCUGAGGAGAAAUAGUCAUUCAUAACAUCCACUGUAGGUAUUUUCACAGCUCACACCAUUUACUGUACCCAACCCUACAACCAUUGUAACUCCUCUUCAACUGCUGUAUUGCUUGCACUUGAAACUUAAACAAAGCACAUGCAUGGCCAAAAUCUGUUUGUUUUUACCUCUUACUGUGUCGUGAUAUAUUAGGACUCAGGCCUUAUUAUACAGAAACAUUUUUCUUGACAUUUUUCAUUGGAUAUCUUAGUAAAUAUAUUCCUUAAAGUGAACUCACCCUUAAUAUGUUCAAAUGAUAUAUUAUUGAUUCUUGCCUGUUCCUAUUUGUUUAUUUUUGGUUUGAGGUCAUACGCUGAAGUCAUCACACUGAAACCAUACUGGUGUCCUAAUCGUGUCAGCUCAAAUAGUCAUCGUCACUUUCAUAGGAAGCUUUUCCUCCAGUAUAUCAUUGUAAAGACGUUCCUUCAUUAUAUCUUCAACAGACUGGUGGCCAUUUGUUAUAGUAGUGUGAUGAAUUUGUGGCAUAUAUUUCUGUCUAAAGGCAUUUUGUUUGUGUCUUUGUUGAACAAAAGAUUCCAUUAGACAUGCUCCACUGAAUAUAUGUACAAUAGUCAUGCUGUUCAUUUACUGACUGUUCGGUUGUCCUCUGACAUAAUAGAGCACACAUUAUUCAAAAACCCUAGGUAUUAUGUUGAUGUUGCAUUUAAUUUAACAGUUAAAGAAGUAUAAAAAUGCUGUCUCCUGCACUGCCCUGCAAGCACUAUGUAACUGACAAAGACCAAGCCUCUAUUAUCAUUUAAGUUCAGAUUAGAAGAAGCAAUAAUGAAUUCUUAUUUAUGAGAUGUGUGGUUAAAGAAUAAAGUUAAUUCAUGAAGGACAU